UGCGCGGUGGAGGAGUCGUACUCUAGCCUGCGUCUACCAUCCAUCUUGCUCAACCUUGCGCUUGAAAUGCAGCUCGAGAACGAGUGCAAAACACCCGGUGUAAUCAAGGAGACUAUCCCACUCGCAGGGUUGAACAUCAAUCUGUUCAAAACCGCGGAUGAAGACUUGUCGAAGGACGUCGUCGUGCUGUUCUUCCUGCACGGUCGCUUCGGCUCUGCGGAUAAGGUGCAGUGGGUGCCGGAGCGGUUGGUGAAGGAGACGGCGGGGAAGGGGAAUAGGGAGUUAUUCGUGAUCACGCUGGACCAACGGAAUCAUGGUGCCCGCCUUAUCGAUCCAAGAGCGAACAAGGGGUGGAGCAGCAAUCCGGCCGAGCACAAUCCGCGUCAUGCGCUGGAUCAGUACGCCAUCUUCGACGGGACGGCGCACGAUGUGUUCCAUCUGAUGAACUAUCUGCCCGCGUUCUUGUUCCCGAACGAUGAGCGGAAGAUCACUGAGUACGGGUACUCGGGGAUUAGUCUGGGAGGGCAUUCGACAUGGUUGGCGGUGGCUAAUGAUCCAAGACUGACGAUAGGCAUACCGAUUAUUGGGUGCCCGGAUUAUAUGGGCCUCAUGUCGGCGCGGGCGAGGGGAAACGGCGUACCUGUGGAGCCGCCGUAUUUCCCGGACUCGUUCGUGAAGAGCGUCACGAGCAGGUGUCCGAUGUCGAAGGGGUAUGACAAGAAGGAGGAGUCCAAUCCGUUCUACGGGAAGAAGAUCUUCGUUGCCUCGGGCGCGGCGGACCCGCUCGUACCUUGGGAUCGUAGUAAGGAAUUCGUCGAGAAGCUGGAAGUAGGAGAGCAUGGGAGGAAAGCGGUGUUUGUACAGGAGAAGACGGGUCAUACGUGCACGCACGAGAUGGUCACGAAGAUCGUGGCUUUUCUAAUCGAGUUGCUGUAGAACUGUCCUCGGUAAAUUUUAUCUAAGUAUAUACGCGUCUUUAUUGUACGACUGGGUACCCAUAACACUGAUUUUAGAGGCAGGGCAGCGGAAUUUUGUGAAUCACGACGGCGG